UUAGCUAUUGAGAGGUCACCAUGUGAUUACAGACAACACAGCGGUGGUCUCAUAUAUUGACCACCAGGGAGGAUUAUGUCCGCGCCCCCUGUUCAGGCAGGUGCAACUAAUUCUUCUUUGGGCAGAGGGAAAGUUUGUCAGUGAGUGCAAUGUACAUUCGGGGAAUAUGGGGGCAGACAUCCUGUUGAGGCAGGGGCUGAGGCCCAGGAAUUGGUGGCUCCAUCCACAAGUGGUGGAGUCCAUAUGGUUUGGCCAAGCGGGACUGCAUGUGUUCGCCUCUGAGGAGUUCUCUGUGGUUUGCCCUCACUCCUCCCGCAAAAUUAGGGCUGGAUGCCAUGGUGCACAUGUGGCCGAGGCCACAUCUGUACGCUUUUCCACCGCUCGCUCUGCUCCCACAAGUUCUAGCGAGAGUUCGCCAAGACAGUCUAUGUCUGCUGCUAGUAGCACCUUAUUGGCCAGCUCGAAUAUGGUUCUCAGAGAUAAUAUCCCUGCUAGAUGGCACUCCUUGGGAGAGUCCCAUCCGCAGGGAUCCACUGUAGACCCAGUGAACUGCACAGUAGCUACAGUCCUGGAGUUCUUACAAGAAAGUUUCUCAGCGGGGUAGGCUCCUUCUACUAUCAGGGUUUUACGUGGCCGCCAUUUCGGCCAGCCACGCCCCUGUUGAUGGAGCCUCUGUGGGGCAAACAUCCUCUAACUUCGAGGUUUAUGCGUGUGUCAGGUGGCGGAGGCCCAUCUGCAGGCUGCGCAUACCUUCCUGGGACCUUUCUGUGGUCCCGGAAGGUCUGUCAGGUGCCCUAUUUGAGCCCUUAGAGUGGAUUUACUGUCUCAAGCCGGAGGGCUGAUUUAUCACCCUCGGCCAGAACUAUGGAAACUGUGGGUCUGGCCCCUGAGGGGCACCAGCUCAUAUAUUCUGGUCUCACAACUGAGGUUGUAGAGACCAUGUUAAACGCUA